AUGCCCGUUGCUGAUCACCCCAAAUGGAAACAUCUCAAUAGAAUUCUCUCCCGUGUGGGACCGUUCACAGAGGAGGGCUAUGAUCCAGACGAACAGAAGGCAUUUUUGGCGAAGAGUAAGAUUCUGGUUAUCGGGGCUGGGGGUCUAGGAUGCGAGGUUCUCAAAAAUCUGGCGCUGUCUGGGUUUACGGACAUCCAUGUUAUUGAUAUGGAUACAAUUGAUGUCUCCAACUUGAACCGCCAAUUUCUUUUUCGGGCCGCAGAUGUAGGCAAGCCUAAAGCUACUGUGGCAGCCGAGUUCGUAAUGAGGCGUGUGAAGGGUGUUACCAUAACUCCAUACUACGGUGCUAUCCAGGACAAAGGGCCCGAUUAUUACAUGCAAUUUCAGCUGGUUAUCUGUGGGCUAGAUUCAGUGGAGGCUCGAAGAUGGAUUAACGCAACUUUGGUUGAUAUGGUCGAUCCGGAGAAUCAGGAGAGCCUAAAGCCCUUGAUAGAUGGCGGUACUGAGGGGUUUAAGGGACAGUCGAGAGUCAUCCUACCAACAUUGAGCUCGUGUUACGAAUGCUCGCUAGAUAUGCUGACCCCGAGGGCUGCAGUACCAAUGUGUACACUUGCGUCUAUACCCCGCCAACCGGCACAUUGCAUCGAGUGGGCAAGUAUCCUAGAGUGGCCACGGAUCAUGGGAGAUAAAAAACUUGACAACGAUGAUCCAGAACACAUCACAUGGCUUUAUGAAAAAGCUCUUGAGCGUGCGAAGGAAUUCAAUAUUACCGGUGUGACAUACAGCAUGACUCAAGGAGUCGUCAAGAAUAUCAUUCCAGCCAUCGCAUCCACGAAUGCCAUCAUUGCGGCAUCGUGCUGCAAUGAGGCUUUGAAGAUUAUAACAAGUUGCAGCCCUUUUAUGAAUAAUUAUAUGAUGUAUAUGGGCGAUGAAGGCGUCUAUACUCAUACUUUUGAGCAUGAGAAGAAAGAGGGAUGCCCUGUUUGUGGAACCUUGGCGACAGACUAUGAGGCGAGUGGCGAGUGGACAUUGGAUGAGUUUAUUGAGCGGUUGAAGGAGAAGCCUGACAUCCAAAUUAAAAAGCCAACCCUCUCAACGGAACGCCGGAAACUUUACUAUGCAGGGCCGCCACAGCUGAUGGAAAUGACGAGGCCAAAUCUUGAUAAAAAAUUGAAAGACCUAAUGGAUAGUGGCGAGGAGGUUGCGAUUACAGACCCUGGACUUCCUUUCAGUUUGAGGCUGAACGUAAUCUUCUCUAAAUAA